UACAUCAUCGGUUUAUCAAAUCAUCCGCUUAGAAACGGCUUAUAUUCCCCAGAUUUCUCCGCAUUUUUUGUAACUCUACAUCGAUACUGUAACUUUUAUAUUAUCAUGACAUUUUCUAGUACAUAGAACCAUUGCAUUCAACGUCGUAGAACGUUGUACUUGUAUUCAUCAAUUCUCUCAUCAUGCGAAUAACCUCAAGAUUAUCGACUUCCUUGGUCAACUCGAUCAAACCUUUGAAACCUUUGGGAAAUAUCCGCAAUUCGAAACUCCCAAGAGCAUAUUCGACUUAUCCUCCACAAGCAAAACUUAACAAGGCAAUUGAUUAUGGAUCAACGACAAUGUUAUGCCAUAGCACAUCAAGUGCAUUACAAAAUCCCGAGCUUCCACCAGAAAUACGAAAUGGUACCACAAAACGAAUGAACCUAUUUCAAUCCAUUAACGAUGCAUUGUCCCUAGCACUAUCUAGCGAUGAAACAACUAUGGUUUUUGGAGAAGAUGUAGGAUUUGGAGGGGUUUUCCGUUGCAGUACUGGACUUGCAGAACAAUACGGAUCGGAAAGGGUAUUCAAUACUCCAUUAUGUGAACAAGGAAUUAUAGGAUUUGCGAUUGGGGCAGCUGCAGAGGGUAUGAAAGCUGUUGCUGAAAUUCAGUUUGCUGAUUAUGUAUACCCAGCCUUUGAUCAAUUGGUCAAUGAGGCAGCGAAGUGGAGAUAUCGAGAUGGAGAUUAUGGAAGAGGGUUGGGUGGACUCACUGUUAGAAUGCCGUGCGGAGCAGUAGGACAUGGUGCUUUGUUCGUUUUGAAUUCCAUGAACCGUGUUGAAGAAGCUCAAACUAAUGAUGAAUUAUAACAGAUAUCAUUCCCAGUCUCCGGAAUCUCUAUUUACACAUAUUCCUGGCCUUCGAGUCAUAAUGCCACGAUCACCAAUUCAAGCAAAGGGUCUACUUCUUUCUGCUAUACAAAGUCCAGAUCCAUGUAUCUUUAUGGAACCUAAAGCAUUGUACCGUGCAGCUGUUGAACAAGUCCCAAUAGACGCCUAUACAUUGCCUCUUUCCGUCGCAGAGAUUGUCAAGCCCGGAAAAGAUUUAACUUUGAUCUCCUACGGUCACCCUAUGUAUACAUGUUCCGCUGCAUUAGAAGCAGCAGAACGAGAACUCGGAAUCAGUGUCGAGUUAAUUGAUCUGCGGACUGUAUAUCCAUGGGACAAAGAAACAGUGUUGAAGAGUGUAAGAAAGACUGGAAGGUGUGUAGUAGUACAUGAAAGUAUGGUAAAUGCUGGGAUUGGUGCGGAAGUCGCUGCAAGUAUACAAGAAGAUAAGGAGACAUUUUUGAGAAUGGAGGCACCAGUUGCUAGAGUCGCUGGCUGGGGAAUACAUAUGCCAUUAAUGUUUGAGAAGUUCAACGUACCAGACGUUACUAGUAAGUCAACAGAGUUUUGGAUUCUGUUUUAAUGGCUAACAAUCAUAUAGGGGUUUAUGACGCUAUUAAAAAGUCUAUUCAGUACUAGAUUGGGUUUGGUAUUAGACGUAUGUGUCUAGAUUACGAAUAUGAUAAUGACUUUGAUGGUGACUCAAUUAGGCGUUAUAGAAAUGAGCUACUCGUUUUGCAUACUAUUAUAGCAGAAACAUUACCGGCCAGCAGCAUGAAAAGUAUGAUUCGUCUAAAGUUGUAGGUGUUUUCCACUGAUUUGAUGACCGAUAUCCAGUAGUUGAAUCUUGUGAGAUUACAAAUUUAA